AUUUCUAUUCCAAUAUUGUUUUUUACUCCAAACUGUAGAAAGAAUAAUCUCUCUCUCUUUAUUCCCCUCUUUUCCUUUUCCCCUAACCCUAAUCACAAAUUAAAUCAUCAACAAUUCGUCGUUCAUCACCCAAAUUCACGGGCCACUGUAUCUCAGAUCCUUGAUCUCGAAUCUACGCCCUUUUGUUGAGGUUAUCAGACAGCAAUUAUGUCUCUCGCACAGACUUAUAGGCCGCGAGAUGGUCAUUUUCACAGUGAUGGGAAGUCAUCUUAUGGUAGAAACAGUAGUGCAGGCCUGAGAGCAACAGCCGCUGCUAUAAACUCCAGCUGGAAUUACGACAGCCACCCCUACAAUUUAGAUUUCGGUAUAAACAAUCACGGUUUCUCCAGUGACCUGUCUCGAAACUUGAUGCUGGACGGACACAAUUACGACCGUGUUUAUCCAGGUGUCGUGCCUCCUUCGAAAAGGAGAAAGGUCUCGGAUUUGUCUUAUGACAGCACGUGGAGACCCUAUCAACAACCACAACUCGCAUGCAGAAAUGGUCUUGAAAAUCAUGCUGAAUUGAGGCAAUAUGCACCUCCUCAAAUUCAAUCCUUCAAUGCUAAUGCCCCUUUAGCACGUGGCAACAGUUCGGCUGUUUUUGCUGCAACCGGCUCUGAUGAUGUCAGUCCUUAUGCUGCAACUACUAGCUCCAAACGGGAUCGCUCGAAGUUUGAGGAUGAAGAUGAAGUCUUGUUUAUGUCGAGAGAUGAGAUAGAGCGAUGCUCUCCUUCGAGGAAAGAUGGCAUCGAUGUGCUGCAAGAGACGUGUUUGCGGUACUCGUACUGUGGCUUCCUUCAGAACCUUGGACUCCGGCUUGACCUGCCACAAACCACUAUCGGAACUGCCAUGGUUCUGUGCCAUCGUUUCUUUGUUCGCCGUUCUCAUGCCUCCCACGAUAGAUUUUUAAUAGCUACUGCUGCGCUUUUCCUUACCUCAAAGUCCGAGGAGACAUCACGCCCUCUUGAUGAUGUACUAAGAUUGUCGUGUGAAAUUUUCCAUGGGCAGCAGUUCCACGUUCUCUCGUAUAUACUCCCAAUUGAUUGGUUCGGGCAAUACCGUGAACGGAUAAUGGAGGCCGAACAGUUGAUUUUAACUACCUUGAAUUUUGAGCUAAAUGUGGAGCAUCCGUACGAAUCUCUGACAUCCACGCUUGAAAAAAUAGGGUUUUCACAAUCUAAUUUGGGGAACCUGGCAUUGACCUUGGUCAGUGAAGGAUUGGCGUAUAAUUGCAGGGUCUGUAGAGGAUUAGCGUGCUCACCCUUAUGAUAUUUAUAGCUGGCGGUUGAUUUGCUGUACAUCAAAUGUUUUGUUUUUUCAUCUGAAGUUGAACUAGAGAUAGCUUGUGGGAUGCCUUUUCCAUGCUGACACCUUAAUGACAUGCUCAUUGGCUAUAGAAGAUAGAUCAUGGAUGAGUGAAACUAAUUUUAUGCAUUCGGAAAUCUUGAUCUGUGCUCACGUAGGAAUUCUUAUGUGGGACCCACCCAACUGUGAUUGUGCUGACUACCCUCACUUACUAAAAACAUUUGCAUUCGACUCUUACAGAUUUUUCACUUCAAAUUUCCCACCUUCCCUGCACACCCAGAUUAAGGUUAUCCUUGUUUCCAAACCACCCUAAACAAUCUCCCAAUUUUUUUUCCUUACCUUUCUUAUUACUACUUAAUUCAGCUUCAAAACUUGAAUUUUGAAAUUUUCUUCUGAUUCUCGAUAACUCUAAUCUUACUUCUUGGAUCUUUGGGUACAUCGCUGUUGACCUUCUUAUCUACGCUUCCGAAAGUAAAUAUUCUUUUUUCACGUAUUGUUGAAAAGCUUAUCCACAGUCACAAAUAUCUGUCCUUAACCUUCCUGGAAAAAGAAAAAGCAAUAACUGACUGAAUUUGCAGAGUUAACUGAGUUGUCUGGAAGUGAUUUUUUUUUUUGCAUGCUCUUCUAUGAUGGAUCUUAUACUUGAGCCUAGGUUAAUAUGUGUCCCGGAUAAUCAUUCGGGAGUCUCUUUAUAAUUCAAGUUCUCUUUCUUGACAUCUUGUUGAAAGAGUGAUGGGAUGGGAAGAACCACUUUUAGUCUUCUAAUGCAUUUUGGAAGGAGCUGCUUGUGAUGGCUAAGGUUUAAUUUUGUAGGCAUUUACAUGGUUUGUAUUAGUAGUGGUACAUACAAUACAUGCAUAUAUAAAGUUCGAUAUUAUAGCUGGAUAAAACAAAAGAUGAAAA